UUAUCUUAAUUAUUGACAAUUCACCAUCAAAAUGAAUAUCAGGAAGAGAGCCAAUACCAAGCUACGACCCGAAGUAAACAGAAUUAUAUUUGUCCGAAACCUCCCAUUCAAGACCACUUCUGAAGAACUUUUCGAAAUAUUUGGCCGAUAUGGCCCCAUCAGGCAGAUUAGGAAAGGAGUCGCAGGCAAGACCAAAGGAACAGCUUUUGUGGUAUAUGAGGAUAUCUAUGACGCUAAGAAUGCUGUAGACCAUCUCUCUGGAUUUAACGUCGGUGGGAAAUACCUCACCUGACUCUACUAUAAGCAUAAAACUCAACCAAAAGCAGGAGGUAUUUAGUAACAUUUCAAGGUGCUUAUUUUCAAUAAUUGGCUAAAUUUUAG